AUGGACAUCGCUUGUCAGCAUUCAAGAGAUGUACAAAUCAAUACAGUGCAUAGUAUCGCAGAUCAUCAAUACGUUGAUGAUAUAGUCCUUUUUACUGAUAGUUAUGACGAAAUGCAAAUAAUGCUAAACAAUAUGUCAACAAUCGCAGCGAUAAUGGGGCUCAGGAUACAAGUAUCUAAUAUUCAUCGUCGAAGUGCUGUUGCUAUUUUAUUCAAUGUUUCUAUGAAAGAUCUUUCGAGAAAAUAUGAACACAGUGAUUAUGAUGGGGCAAAAUAUUCUGCCCAGUCCUUAUUAAAUGCUUCUAAUGUAAAACAAGAGAAUGAACUAUUGACGAAUGGAGGAUUAUCUGAGAUGAAUCCAUCUGUUGGCAGGAAAGAUACUGAUGUGCAUUUAUCAAGCGAAAAUGAUGUUUUUAUACGGGUAUCAACGCUAUCAAAUAAAAGGAGAAUUGAAGAAGAAAAUAACGAAGUUGGUAAAUAA